UUACAGCUAACACUAAAUUGUUUCUCCAGAUUUGCUAUAAAUCGUGAAAAUUUGCAUAAAAUUAUCACAAAAUAUUGCGUUCGCCAUGAAGAGUUCAUUGAUAUUGUUAAUAAUAUUCGCAGUAGCGAGAAGUGCAAAAUUCCCCCCGAAUUUCAAAAUAUGUAAUCGGAAAAAUCCAAACUUGGACGAGUGUUUGAAAGAAGCUGGAUUUAUCGGUGUUAGGCAAGCAACGAAGGACUAUCCAGAAAUUCACUUACCAAACUUGAAUCCUCUGGAAGUGAACGAAAUGAAAAUUUCCGCAGGCUCCCAAGGGGUCGUAAAUGUAAACCAGAAUUUUAAAAACUGUAAACUUUACGGUGUCAAUACCACAUCGGCUGAUACCUUACAGUUUGAUUUUGAGAAAAAUGUUGCACAUGUGUCCGGACGUAUUGACGAACUUAAAGUCUUUUGUACUUACGAACUGAAUGGCAAAAUCCUUCUCCUGCCCAUUUCCGGGAGCGGUCCUAGCACCGUGAUAAUUAAAAAACUCAAAGUCAAAGCCGAUUAUAAUUUCGAGCAAGUUAAAAAGAAGGGUAAAACGUACAUGCAUUUCACAACAUUUACUGUAGCGCUGGAGCCGGGGUCUGUGUUUUUCAAUUUUGAAAAUUUGUUUAAUGGGGAUAAAAAAUUGGGAGAUAACAUCAACAAAGUGCUGAAUGAAAAUUCCAAGCAAGUUUUCGACGAUGUCAAAGAGGGUUAUGCGCAAGCAUUUGGAUCUAUCGUUAAGCAAAUUCUAAAUAAUUUGUUCGCAAAGGUGUCAAUUGAGGAAGCUUUUGACCAGUAAUUUCCACAUGUUGUAUCUAUUUUUAAUGUUUAAUUAAUAAUAAAAUCAAUUAAAAAUAUCAACAUGAACGAUUAAACAUAAUUACUAAGUA